AUGGAGCUACCACCGUGCAAACGAUACAUCACGACCGUGCUACCGGACGGCAAGAGUGUGCAUAGACCGUUCAGUCCACUCAUCCACAAUGAGCUUCCAGGAACAGGUUCCAUGGCACGAGCGUACUCGAUCAAGUCUAUACCAGCUCAGCUACAAGGAGAGGAAGAUAUCAAGGCCUACGAGAGUGAUCAGGGAGUUGCUAGCCACAAAUCGGUUGACAUAGUUGGCCCCGGAGCGAAUCUAUCGGUGGUCAAUCUAGCACCUGGAGCGGAGAGUCCGAUGCACAAGACUCCGUCGCUGGAUUUCUCUGUCUGUGUGGCUGGAGUCGUCGAUCACAUCUUGGACAGCGGAGAGUCGAUACGGUUAUAUCCAGGGGACCAUGUAGUUCAGCGUGAGACCAAUCAUAAGUGGGUCAAUGCAUCAAGCUCGGAAGCAGCCAGAUUGAUCGCUGUCAUUCUCCAAGUGAGACCUUCACAGAGCACGGACCGCAAUUUAUAUGAUUAUGUGUGGCUCGUGUUCACGAAAGGCAAGGCAGCAACAUUUUACUGGGUGAUGGCCGAGACCUUGCGAUGUCACAGACUUUGCGGAGAGAUUAUGCAGGCCUAA